ACUGUCAAUAAACUUUAACUGCACGAGGCGAACUUGGUUUUUAACGUUGUUUUAUGUUUCGUCCACGCGUUUACGAUCCCUUCCUAACUGGCUUAUAUUUACGCUGUCUGAUUUAAGAAUUUGAAAGCUGAGUUAUAAUUUUAUAUAAGUAAACUAUCUCAAUUAGAGGUCAAGAUCAUAUAUUAAAACUGUCAGAAUCUAGCUUGCGAAGUUGUCGGUGAAAGUGGCAAAUACGAGCACUCAGGCAACGGCGCGAAACGAACGCGAGUGGUCGUGUUCACGGGGCCCGACGUGGCGGAAGAGACGAAAACACAUUGCGCGUUAUAAAAACAUACGAUUAAUUUAAGUAAUAUGUUAUUUUUAAUUGACUAUAAAUUAUGAUUGUUAAGUGAAUCAAAAAUUUUUACAAAUUGGUCUAAUUGCUUUCUUGUUUCAAAGUGAUAAUAAACAGCCGAAUUUCGCAAAUGUGCCUAUCAUUUAGUAUUUCAACAAUAUUAUUGGAUUCAAUACGGUCGGUUGUUCUCGUUGGAAAUAUGUUAGAGUCUCGCGGCAGAUGAAGCAGACGGAUUGUAUGGAAUGGCGAACCAUGCGCAGACGAGCGUGGAGCCAGCUAGUUUGGAGUACAUGGAGGAUCCGUACUUUUUGCCGCCGGAUGACGCCUCUACACCGAGUUUCGACGUGGCCGUAGACGAGUUAGACGAGUUGGAAAACUUAGUCAGCUGGCCGCAAGAUGACACUGAGGCUGACUGGCGCACGCUGCCCGACCUUGUCGAGUCCGCUCUCUGUAUUGAAACAGAAUUUUACAUGGAUAACCGCCGGCGCAGGUUACGGAUAUUUAGAAAAAAAAUGCGAGAAGUUCGAGUUACAUUUCAAGACUUAUCUAAACCAUAUCUUGCCAAAGUCUCUAGCCACACUAAUUACAAAAAAUUCCUUGGUAUCACUCCGGGAGCAGAGGAAGCGAUGACUGGUGCAGGCGCUGGAGACGCGAACACUCCCGACGAGCUAGCGGGAUUGACUCCCGAGCAGGCUGAGCAGCUCCGCGCCGAGUGGAGCCGGGAGCUUGCACGUGUUGAGGAUGAAAUCGCCACGCUUCGUACAGUUUUGCAGAGCAAAAUUCGUCAAAGCUCCGACUUGAAAAGGAAACUUGGCAUCACAGUCUGGAAGGAAAUAACCGAAGACGUUAAUCAAGGUUUAAAAAACGUUAAAGAGAGCCAAGUUUAUCAAACGAUAGAAACUCGCGUGGCUGCGCUUAAACAGGCUGUGACUGAAGCACCAAUAUACCAAAAAACUGAAUCUGUGAUAAAAACAACUGCCGAAAAGACUACGUCUAUCUUCGGCGGUAUAACGGCCGGUGUGUCGCACAAACUGGGCCAGAUGCGCAACUCGGAGUCGUUCCGCUCCAUCGAGGAGCGCGUCGGUACCGCUUACGAGAACGUCAAGGGCAAAGUGGCGUCCCGCUCCAACUCGACCCAGAGCUUCGACGAGGCGCUGCGCGACGCGUCGCGGGCGGGCGGUGCGAGCGGCGCCACGUCGCCCUCCAUCCCCGAGCACAAGCCGCUGCCCUAGUGGGCGCGCCGGCUCACCAGCUCAUCGACCUGCACGACGCCUCUCCGGAUCCACGACGGUAGUACACAGACCGCUCCACUUCGCAUCUCUGCCGCGGUUCCAUUUAUUCGAGUAUAAAAUGUAUAUUGAAUCGUAUUUAAAUAUUAUAUUGAAAAAUAAGAUUACUCCGUUUAUAAAUUGUACAAAUUGCAGUGUUAUGGCGUUUUCGAUGAUCAUUUCCCUGUAUCGUUGGUGAUCAUGUAAUUUUCGUUGUGUUCUGAAAAAAUACAUCCUAUUAUAAAAUUUCGUGGAAACCUUCAAUGUGUAAUAGAUAAAAACUCGUCCCGAAGCGUUUUGAUGAAUUAGUAACAAAAAAUAUAGCAAUAUGACAUGUUUAUAAAAAACGCUGGAUACGAGCUGCUAAUGUAUUUCUUUCGUAAUAUAUCGUAAUUAUUAAUUUAAAAGUUAAACAAUUACCAAUUUCAAGUUCUACGAAUUAUUUUAAUAUAAAUAAAAUAAUUUAUCACAGUAAAUAUUUUGAAAAAACACAUUAUUUUAGUGGCUUUUUGUGCAAAUGAAUAUUAUAUGUCGGUAUUAGUGUAUGGAAUAUGAAAUUUAUUACACAUUGUAGAAAAUUAUGUGAUAAUUUCUUCUGAAUUGACGAACACACUAGACACUUCAUGUUUAUAUUAGUUAAAUACACUUUGAAUAUCAAGCUUGUUUUAUAAAUAUUCAAUUUACAUCACAUGGCUUAAUUUUGCUAUUUAUCAUAAAAAGUAGUGAACGGGAUCGGAAGCGUCAAAAAAAAAUCGAAAAAAAAUUGUAUAUCAUUAGUGAAAUUAUUUCGUGGAUAAAAUAAAAAUAAAUUAAUAUAUUAACUGAUAUGUCCCUAAAUAAAAUAAAAAAAAAAAUACUUUUCUAUCGAAGGAUUUUAAUGAACGAAGUAUUUUGAAGUUUAAUUAUCUAUAGUAUAGUUUAUAUAACGAGUCUUCGUAAAUUUAAACUAAAUCAGCGCAACCAAUUCCGUUUACUGGUGAUAAACGAUUCACGCUCUGUACUGACGUGAUUAACGGUCUAUUCACUCUAAACAAUCGAAUUUAAAUAAUAAAAUCUAAAAAAAAAAACGUAUUAAAACUUAAAACAGUUAUAGAACUUCAUAAACCCCGCAGUAAUUGUCUCUUAUGUUUUAGAUUAUUGUGUUUUAGGGUCUUAUAUAGGUGUCUAUUUAGUACUUAACGUUUUUUAUUUAUUGUCGAUCCAAUUUUUUGUCGAUGCUGGUAAAAACAAUAAUAUAAAAUAUAACGUUUUGCAUUGUUUUAAUACAAAAAUAAUCAGAAAGUAUUAGUGUAUUAUUUAAUAAGAUUUCAUGUAUUCGCUUUCGAGUGUGAAUGACAAAACUAGUGUGAAAAUGUUAAUCGUAAAAUAAGACCAGACAAAAGCUUAUGGUUAACAUGGCAUUCCAUACGAUAUUAGUUGAGAUGAGUUUAUUGAGGGGUAUUAUGGUAAGGGGAUGUUUAAAUCGCUUCGCGGUGACUUUUAUAUAAAUAUAUACUUGUUGAAUACGCAAAGUCGUAAUGUAAGUAGUAGACUUUGUAUGAUGUACUUGCCGAAGCCUGUUAAGUCCAGUUCAAAAGAAGAUAUUUUUAUAAGAUGCUUAGCUUUCCUUUACUUAAAAUAAUUCCAUUAUUUACAUAAAAUACCUAAGAAAUUGGUGAAUAAAUUUAUGUAUUAAA